GUGGAGAUAGUGGGAAUAACCGUCGCAACCGCAACCCUCUCUCUCAAAUCCCCACAAACAAUUGAUAGAUACAAACAUUAUAUGAAUUAUGAAUCACUCCACACAAAAUCUGCAGACAAUUAAGCAGAGAAGAAGCAGUAGCAUCUCAAUCAAUCGGCGUUUCAGUAAGAGAAUGAUGAAUGGGAAGAGAAGGAUGACGUCGCAAGAUGAUGAAAUGCGCGAUAUGAAGAAAGGUCCGUGGAAAUUCGAAGAAGAUCAAGUCCUCAUCAAUCACGUGAAGAAAUACGGCGCCAGGGAUUGGAGCUCCAUUCGAUCCAAAGGCCUCCUCCGCCGCACAGGAAAGUCAUGCCGCCUCCGCUGGGUCAACAAACUCCGCCCUCACUUGAAGACGGGGCUGAAGUUCACGGCGGAGGAGGAGAGAACGGUGAUCGAUCUGCAAGCGCAGUUCGGGAACAAAUGGGCGAAAAUCGCGACGUAUUUGGCCGGAAGAACAGACAACGACGUCAAGAAUUUCUGGAGCAGUCGGCAGAAGAGGCUUGCUAGGAUUCUAUCCUCCUCCACUGCUUCUUCUUCAACCAGCCAAAUCCCUACUUUCGAUUUCCUUCCAUCUCUCGAGGCGCCCAAUUUGAGCCAAUCAAGGGAGGAGGAAUUUGGGGCCAAUUCACAGUUUGGGGAGGUGGCGAGUCCGAGCCCGAUUAGUGCUGUUCCGGUCGAGCAGCAGCAGCCGUACAUCUCCUUCCCACAGUUUCCGUUACUUCAGCUAGACUACCCCCUGCUUCUAGAAGGGCAGGAUUUUACUGGCAGGUUUGAAGCUCCGAGUUUUCUUGAUGACGAGCUUGGGCAUUCUGCGUUGGGAACCGCGCAAGUCCCCAUCGCCCCCUCGUACCAAGCUUUGGGGACGUCGGAGAGUCACAUUGAGGUGGACAUCAAUAGCCUCAUCGAAGAUGAUUUCCCCCCUAUUGACUUAUUCGAUGAAAUCGAGCCACUUCCCAGCCCAUCUCACUGGUCGUGAUUGAAGCUAAUAAAAAUGGCUUCUUGCAUUUCCAUUUAAAAUUGUAGCUAGUAAUUUCUACUAAGGGUUUCAAACUUGUUGUGUUCUGUAUCUGCUACUCAUUGUGAAAUGAAUUCUAGUUUCUCUGUAAAUAGUGUGUUUAGAUGUGACUGGAAAAACAAGAAUGAGAUCAAUAACA